AUGGGCAUGUCUGCAGAGCAGGAGGAGGACUCCCGCAGCCCCAGAGAUGAGGAAUGGCCAGAAGCGGAGAAGGCUGAGAAGUUAGCAAGAGGGGCUGCUUUGAAAUGGGCCUCGGGGGUGUUUUACCGCCCGGACAAGUUGGAGGGUCUGGGACACUACCGGAGCCGGGAGGCCCAGCGGAACAUCUCGAUCCAGUCCCGGCUAAAGUCGACCGUGCAGUCGCACCUGGAGGGGGUGAGCUCGGGGCUGGAGCAGCUGCGCUCGGCAGCAGGGGACGUGCGGAGUGUGCGCCGGGACCUCUGCGCCGUGCGAUGGCACCUGCUGGGCAGUGCCGAGAGCUUCCAGAGGCUGGCGCCGCUGCGGGCUGUGGUGACAGAGCACGCGCAGCUGGCUGCCGUCGUGCGGGCGCUGCCCCAGCUCUCCUCAGUACACGAGCUCCUUGCCCAGUCCCUCCAUCUCCUCCAUGGCCAGCAGCUCCUGGAGGCCCAUGCCGGGCUCAUGGCGCUGGAGCGCCUGCGGGACGACAUCUUCUCCCAGCUGCACGGCGGCAGCAGCCUCCCAAGCGACCAGGCCCUGGGCGUGGUGGAGUCCUUCUUCGGUGGCCUGCAGGAGCUGAGCGACGCACUGGCCCAGCAGCUGUGGCGUGUCGUGGGCGGCGGCGUGAGGCUGGUGCAGGAGGACCCGGCCCUCUUCGUCUCUGCCGUGCGGAUCAUUGAGAGAGAAGAGAGUGUCGAUGAUGCCCUGCUGCUGGGUCCCCAUGCCCACCGCUUCCCUGCCCCCGGGCGCCCCAAAGCCUGGAGGCAGCGGUUCUACCAGGUCAUUCAGGAGACCAUCGCUGCUGCCCACUUCAAGGCCGCCCACAUGGACGUGAAGGGCCCGGGACUGGGCCGGCACCUGGCCACGCUGCAGAGCAACAUCCUGGCGGAGCUGCGUGUGGUGAAAGACCUGAUGGUGCAGUGCUGCCCGCCUCACUACGACAUCCUCAGCAUCUGCACCCGCAUGUACCACCGAGGCCUCUCUGACCACCUGCAGGACAUCCUCAGCGGGGACCUGGACAAGCAAGAGAUCUUCGUGCUCCUCAGCUGGGUUCUGCAUGUGUACCAGAGCCCAGAAAUGAUGGGUCACCCAGACCUUCUCCCCGAGGUGGACGUGUCAGCUCUGGCCCCCCUGGUGUCGCCAGAGGUGGUGGAGCAGAUGGAGAGGAAAUACGUGGGGAAAGUCAAGGCCAGCGUGACUGAGUGGAUGCGGCGCACGCUGGAGGUGGAGUUCAAGGAGUGGUUCCGAGAGGAGGAGCCAGAAAUGGAUCAUCUGGGCUUCUUCCAGUCUGCCCUGCCCGUCAUCGUCAUGCAGAUGCUGGAUGAGAACAUCCGGGUGGCCUCCCUGGUCACGGCCUCUCUGCAGCAGAAGGUUUACGCUAUGGCCAUGGACGAGCUGGAGGCCUUUCUGAUCAGGCUGCGGGAGGCCCUGGGGGACUGCGGGAAGGAGCACCAGAAGGACCGAGCCAUGCCCAAGCAUUACAUCUCCUACCUGCUGGCCCUUCUCAACAACAACUUGGCGCUGAGCUCGUCCAUCUCCACUUUGCACCCCGGCAGUGCAUCUCUUGCCAAGCCCGCUGAAAUCCCCUCCUCCCUGAAGACUGCGCUGGACAGGACCCAGAAGAAGGCCUGCCGGCUGCUGCUGGAGGAGCUGCUGCUGGAUUUGCAGCCCCUGUACAUGCAGCUGCCGUCCCGCAAGUGGCUGUCCGGGGCCCAGCUGGUGAACAGCAUGUGCGAGGUGAUCGACAAGUACACGAGAGACUUCUCCCACGUCAGGAACCCCGUCUUCACGUUCCUGCUGGCCGAGAGUGAGCACCUGGUCAUGACUCACUACGUGCGGGCGCUCAUGGAGAAGAAGAUGGUGUGCCGGAGCGCCGAGGAGCGGAGCCAGCUCGCCACCCGGCUGCUCCAGGACGCCGCCCAGCUGCGGGAGCUUUUCCACAACCUGGGCCUGGCCGAGAGUGAGCAGACCCUCGAGGUGAUAUUCGCCCUCCAGGAGCUCAUCCGCCUCCAGGAUCCGGCCUUGCUCAGCCUGGAGGUCCUGGGAUUUAUGACGAAAUACCCCGACAUCAGCGACGAGCACGUCUCCAUCCUGCUGGAUCUGCGGGGCGACGUCUCCAAGGAGGUCCGGAACGUGGUGCUGGAAAUGAUGGCGCAGAAUCCACAGUCCCUGCCCGAAAACUACCAGCCCGUCUUCAGCAACAUCCUGGUCCCGGCUCCGGAGCUUCCCUUCUGCCUUCGCAAGAGCAAGUGUGCCUGAGACACGCACGCCGCAGGCCAGCUGUCUGCAGCCCACCCUGGCCAGCGGUGUCUCCGAACGACGGACCUCCGAGAAGCCCUGGGUGGGGCUGGGCAGAGACGCUGGGUCUCUGCUGUGUGUGAGCACCCGUCUGGGCUCCAGAGACGGGGCAGGGAAAGCCUGGGCAUCAGCCCUGCUGUGCAGGGAGGAGAGGGGAGACUUCCAUACCCAUUCCCCAGAGGCAGACACCUUGGCACCUGCUUUGCUGGCACCAGGGACCCUCAGCCCACUGAUCCCCCUGGCCACGUAACCCAGGAUGAGCUGAACCCAGCUGUAGGGCUGGCCCUAAACUGCUAAACCACCAGAUUCAGCUCUGCCCAUUCGGGUCUCCGGGCCUCUGCUCCGUGCUGCUUCCCAACUGCCCCCUCUGCUCAGCCCUCCCAGCGUAUGUGCAGCCCAGAGCCUGCGGAGGGCACAGGCCAACCAAGGCAGGCAAGCAUGGCAGCAUCACAGAGCUGGGGGAGCAAAAAGGGAAUUUCCCCAGGUCCAGCCACAACCGCCCCCUCCCAUGCACCUGCGCGUGCCCAGGGCAGUCUGUUACCAAGCUGAGAGCAGGGCCUGACGGGUUCUAACUAGGCAGAAUUCAGUUACUGAUUGAUAAUUUUGAUCGAUAACAUUGGUGUUUAAGCUUUUUUUUUUUAUUUUGAUCUAUUUAAAUGUUCACUGCUGCAGACAAUGAGGGGGGGUCAGACAAUAAUUAUUUACUGACAACGGCCGUUGAGAUUCCACAAGUUAAAGCUUUAAUACCGUUAUAAGACAAACCAUCAACAUCCCAUGUCAGAAUAUACCCAGUAAAGACCCUUCGAUCAAACUCAAAGAAGAACUUCAGCAGCGUUGUUCUUCCUUUGCCGAUCGGUGCAUUUCUGUGAUUAUCAAGGGAAAUAUUUUUCAUUGGGGCGGGGGACAGUGAAAUCAACGUGUACUGAUAUCUACCAAUUCAAAUCGAUUCCUUCCCGCCCUAGUUAUAACACAGACAAAUCCAAACUGUCUUGCAACUAAGGUUGCCAACUUUGUAAUAGUUAAAUCAGACACUCCAGCUGGAGUGCCGGAACCUCCCCUGCCCCGCCUCUUCCCUGAGACCCCACCCCCUUCACUUCUCUUCCUCCGUCACUCACUGCUACUCCCCUGGCCGGGAUCAUGGGAAUUGCAGUACUCAGAGCCCAGGGCAGAGGUUGGAUGAUCCAUCCUGAACUAGGCAGUGUCCAGAUUGUCGUUCUGCUACUCGCCCAGUCAGGGUAGGUGUCUCAGCAAUGCGGCAGGGCAGGGGAAAGGAAAGAGUCCCACUACAUGGAGUAAAAGAAGGAAGUUCUUCCCGAUGGACGUGUUGGGUUUUCGUAGGACGCUGAAAUACCAUGGCCAGGAGCAUAGGCGCCGACUCCGGGGGUGCUCUGGGGCUGGAGC